AUGGAGUCUCGAAAUGCAAUUGUUUCCCAGCCUCAGAAGAUCAAAUCCUGCAUGACGUGCGGCCCCCAACUUGCGAGGCAGUGCAUGCACCCAUCAACUGAUUCUGCCGAGCUUGACCGCCAGGAAGUAAUACCAACUCCAGGCAGCUGCUCUCUUGGCAACAUAAUCAACCAAGAUUAUCGACGGUGCAAAUCACUCAAUGUCUCAAAGACAACUAUGGCUCAAGAACCGCUGGGUCCCUGCAGUUUGUGCUGUGGUCUUAUUGCCCAUAUCACAAAUACCAUUGACAGAUCAGCAGAAGAGUCAGUCGAAACGACCACCAGGCAGCCGCAAUGGCACGAAACCCCUCAACAAAUCCUAGAAUCCAGAACUUCCUGUCUCUUGUGUGAGAGCAUUUGGCAGGCCACUCUACUACCUCUGCUAGAAAAUACCGAGCGUGAAUUGGACAACAUUGCCAAAGUGUUACUCAGAUUCGGUAGCUACAACAAGGUCAACAGCGUCUACUGGGCGAAUAUACACACAACCCUGGAAGUCAAAGAGUACAAAGAAAUCAUUACUCAUGUUGACUGUAUUGGCAUCUCCAUUCAACCAGGGGGUAAUGGAUCUCUGAGUCAACACCCAGACUGGUCGAAAUGCAGGGAAGCAUCACAGAGCGUUGAUCAGAUGGUUGAAGAGCGACUCAAACUCAUGAAAGCCUGGCUUCGGGAAUGUCAAGAUCAUCAUUCUACCUGUCAUACGCUGAUAACACUGGAACAUCUCCCUCGCCGACUAUUACACGUGGGAAAGAAAAAUUCGCUUCGGCUUGUGCUGUCCGUGAACCAACCUAUCUCAACUAUGCGAUAUGCGGCUUUAAGUCACUGCUGGGGGGGCACCUCGCCCGUAUAUACUUCUCGAUCUACGUUGGCCGCCUUCGAAGCAUCUAUUCCGGAGGACACUCUUCCGAAAACCUUCUUAGAUGCAAUCAAGAUAGCACGCUACUUGGACAUUCCAUAUCUUUGGAUAGACUCCUUAUGCAUCGUGCAAGACGACAUGGAAGACUGGCAGCAAGAGGCAGCGAAAAUGCAGCAUGUGUAUUCCGGGAGCUCUCUCACCAUUGCUGCCGCUGAUGCCGAGAAUAGCACUGGAGGAUGCCUGCCAACUACAGUGGAUCUCUCCAGUGCCCCCAUUGACCCUCUCACAUGGCCACAUGGCGAAGUCUCUACUCCGCACCCUACUACUCAGCCUACAACGCCUCGCCGAUCUCCAAAUAGACCACAUGUGAUCUCGUUUGAUAUCCCUGAGCUCAGAUCACAUAUGAUGGUACAGGUUCAGGCAGGAACCCCCUGGUCUAUCCAACGCGCCAAACAUUUGAGUUCCCGCGGAUGGGUGUUCCAGGAACAGCUUCUAUCCAACAGAAUCGUCCAUUGCAUGCAGGCAGAGAUUCAUUGGCAGUGCCGCCAGGUAUAUAAGACUCAAGCUGGACAGUCAAUUGAUGACGAAAAGCUCCGUGAGGACCGAGACAACUUCCAUCAUUUGCCGUCAAAGCGACGGGAGCGUAUGUGGUGUGAUUGGAUGGAAGAGUAUUCUACUAGAGACUUCAGCUUUGCCAAUGAUCGACUACCAGCCUUGACUGGCAUUGUAGAUCAUUACGCAAAAAUCACGGGACAUUCACACCUAUUGGGGCUAUGGAGAGAAACCUUUGCUCGAGACCUGCUGUGGCUUCGAAGCGGAGAUAUCAAAGGGUCAUCGUGCCCACGCAGCCCUUCAUGGACUUGGCUAUCUUGCAACGCCCCGAUCAUGAUCGAUCAAUUCACCAUAAGUAUGGUUAACGCAGAACCAAAGGAGGACCACGUUGUCUUGCUUGAGGACGAAGUGAUCUGGACAGGUCUGCCAAUGACAUCAACCAUUCAAUCUUCGCGCCUAGUCAUUAGAGGCCCUGUACAGACACUACGUUUCAGGAUUGAUCCCAGAAGUAAAGGACGCUUCGAUCCUCCCUAUUUCCAAUUUGAAGGAGAAGAUUUGGACACAUCUGAUCCCCUUCCAUGGACAUGCAUCGGGCAAUUCGAUGGCGAGGACCCCUCGCCGGGCGAAUACGCAGAUUACACUUGUUUGCUAGUACGAACUCGUAAGCAUGGAGAUCAAGGGAGAUUCAAAGAGGUAUUUCUCAUUCUGGGGCCUGCGACGGAAACUGGGUGCCUUGAGGAUGAGAGUCGACCGUUGGCUUUCCGUCGGAUUGGAUUAGGUUGCAAGAGAGGCGCUACUCAGAGGACAUUUACAUCCACUACGGAAAUGACGAUCAGGCUGUAUUAGUGAUAAUAUUGUCGUCAAUUUUCCAGACAAUCCAUCAAUUCAU